AUGGCGUCAGUGAGUGAUCUGAGGAUUGUGCUGAUAGGAAAGAAUGAAUCAGAAAACAACAGUGUGGGAAAAAUUAUACUGGGUACAGAAGCGUUUGACAGUGGAGCUGCAUCUUAUUCACAUUAUCUCAGUGAGAAAAUCAGUGGAAAGGUGGAGAAGACACACAUCACAGUCAUCAAAACUUACCUGCUCCAUCCAAAUUUCCAACAGCAUCAGAUAAUAGAGGCAGCGAGAGAGUGUGUGUCUCUGUCUGCUCCAGGACCUCAUGUGAUCGCACUCGUACUGCAGUAUAAGGACUUCAGUGAGGAGGACACAAACAGAGUGAAAUAUGUGCUGAACCUCUUCAGUAAGCAGGCCAUUAAACACACUAUAGUGGUGACCUCUGAUGAAGAGCCACUUACAUCCAAAUUGGCUUCUAAGAUAUGGAAUAAUACAGUUUCUAAUUUAAUAAAGGAGUGUGGAGGACAUCUUAAGUUUGAUACAAUAAACCUAAGAUGGCGCUCUGAGUUGAUCAGAAGGAUAGAAGAGAUACUCAAGAACGAGCAUGCAGAAUUUCUCAUCUGUAACAAGUAUGAGGAUGGAGGUGAUGGAGCAUCAGUGGAUGAAGAUCUGAGCAGAUCUGGAGCUUCAGACAGAGACGAUGAGAAACAGAAGAAGGAUUCAGAUCUCAAAGAGAGCACAAAAACAGGACGUGAUGGAGGAGGAAAUGACAUGGAGAAAAAUGAGGAGCACUACUCUUGA